UGAAGCUUUCUGAUCCUUUUUCAUAGAAUUUAACAUUAUUAGUUAUAGUUGCAUGCUUGAGUUGGCUUUUGUUAAUACGUAAAAUUAGGUUUUGUAUUUUUUGAGAGUCAAGACCCAAGUCAACCAGUAGGAGUUCACAUAGCACACCUAGAGUCUCUCUCUGCCUGACACUGUCUAGAGCCUGCCUUCCCUUGGUUUCAGCACAUGGAGCCUUGAAGACAAUACUUAGUCCAGGAAUCAAGAUAAACCCGUUUCUAUAUUACGUGUCUUCCAACUAUGAUUGUCUGAGGUUAGAGAUGACGUUUUCCUCAAUUUUCUGAAAUCUUCCCAAGUAUGAGCUGCUGCAGAGUGAACCCCUGCAGGACUCCUGCUCGGGAACACUGGUGCUCCUUGGCUCACUUUCCUCGACUUCCUCCUUCCCACCCUUUUGCUUUGUAGGAAACAUGCCCUGGCCCACUUCACCACCUUUCUGUGCCUUAGGACCUCUCUCUUCAGAAAAGCGUGGCCUGGCAGCUUCUUUUAGCACCACUGACGGUGGAGGAGAGAUGGGGACCCGCACAAGAGGGAAGCUGUGACCUUGACCGUCCUCCCUGGGGCCAAGUCAGGACAUGCGUGUGAUACAUAGGGUGCGCCUCAGUUCCGUCUAAAAAAAAGUUAGCAUUUGUCAAAAAACCUGUGAAUCCCGUAGCCAGACUUGUUUUUUACAUUUGAGGAAGUAGAGUGUUUGAAUGUCAACAACUACAAUAAGAAGAAUGAAGAAUGAGGCCACAGGACGUUCCCUUUCUGAGGGUAUGAUAGAGGUUUAAAUAAUAUAUGGGAACUUCCACCUUCCAGGAGUACGGAUGCCCAGUGAGAUCCGGGGCAGAAGAAUCAUGUGGGGAAACUGGACAAUCGUCAGCGAGUUUGUUCUUGUGAGUUUCUCAGCCCUGUCCUCUGAGAUACAAGCUCUGUUGUUUCUCCUUUUCUUGAUCAUUUACCUGGUUACCCUGACAGGAAAUGUCCUCAUCAUCCUGGUCACUGCUGCUGACUCUGCCCUGCACAGCCCCAUGUACUUCUUCCUCAGGAACUUGUCUUUCCUGGAGAUUGGCUUCAACCUGGUCAUUGUGCCCAAGGUGCUGGGGACCCUGAUCGCCCAGGACACAACCAUCUCCUUCCUCGGCUGUGCCGCUCAGAUGUAUUUCUUCUUCUUCUUUGGAGCUGCUGAGUGCUGCCUCCUGGCCACCAUGGCGUACGACCGCUACGUGGCCAUCUGCGACCCUUUGCGCUACCCGGUCAUCAUGGGUCGCAGGGCCUGUGCCCAGCUGGCCGCUGCCUCUUGGGUCUCAGGGUUUCCAGUGGCCACUGUGCAGACCACAUGGAUUUUCAGCUUCCCUUUUUGUGGCCCCAACAGGGUGAACCACUUCUUCUGCGACAGCCCCCCCGUCAUUGCCCUGGUCUGUGCUGACACCUCCGUGUUCGAACUGGAGGCCCUGACAGCCACUGUCCUGUUCAUCCUCUUCCCUUUCUUGUGGAUCCUGGGGUCCUAUGUCCGCAUCCUUUCUGCCGUCUCCAGGAUGCCCGCGGCAGAGGGGAAGCACCGGGCCUUCUCCACCUGCUCCUCCCACCUGCUGGUGGUCUCUCUCUUCUACAGCACUGCCAUCCUCACCUACUUCCGGCCCCGGUCCAGCACCUCCCCCGAGGGCAAGAAGCUGCUGUCCCUGUCCUACACGGUGCUGACGCCCAUGCUGAACCCCAUCAUCUACAGCUUAAGGAACAGUGAGGUGAAGGCUGCACUGAGACGAGUCGUCCUCAGGGCCCUGGGCCCUCGGAAACUGUGACGGGCUUGGAAACCAAGGGGCAGCACUCCAGGACGAGGCGAAGAAAAGCAAGUUUCUCCAGAGGAAGAUGCCAAGGAAAUCCAUAGGAACCCAGAGAAAAUACUAAAUUUCUCUUCUCAGACCAAGAUCUUUUGUGCUCGAAAUCACCUCCUACUCUCCAAGCCGGUUGCUAUUCUCCAACCCCAGAUCAACAUGGGCAUAGGAAUUCCCACCUGAAGGAUCAAUAUGGACCCAUGGAAGUCCUGCUAUGUCUUCGUCAGGU